AUGGCUGUUUCUGCACCGAGUACCAUUACUACCGAUCCUAUUUGUUCAACUCCAAGUUACAUCUCAACAACCGCUGUAUUUCGUGAAGAACAGUGUUAUUGUGAUUGUUUUGAAAUAGAUACAGACCCUGCUGUUAUACAAGAAAUAAUUGACCAUCUUGUUACAAAUUUGACAGUAAACACUGGGUCUCUAUCCAGUACCAGGCGAGAAAAGACAUCAGCACCUGAUGACCGACCCACAGCCAUUUCGGUGGGAUUUUUUGGAAUCAUGAUCAUCUUAAUUGUUAUAGCUGCUAUAAUAUUCCAAGAUGUAGCAGCAGUUUCAUUUUUGAUAACGAAAGCUGUCAUACGUAAAAUAAGAACAGGGACGUUUAAAGAACCUAAAAAACCGAAACGUAAAAAUAAGAGAAUUGAUAUGAACAACUUAGAUCAAAUGGGUCCCACAGUUAUUAUUAGUGAAGGUAUAAACAAUGGUUUACCCGACGUAGAAGAUCCAGUAGUACCAGAAACUAAUUCAUCAUGUGUAACAGUUUCAAGUGUGGCCCUUACUGUAACAAUAGAGCCAACGACUCAUUCAAAACCUCGACGUCGGCCUAAGAAUACUUCAUCAAGUGUGCCCAAAAGACCAAUCAUUUCAACCAUGAAAAAAACCACUACAACAAGGAAAAUUGUGUCUAAAACAAAACCUUUAAAUGUCAAAGCUUCAACAGGCUCCAAGUCGACAGGGAAAUUCAAUAAAACCAAGAAAAUUGGAGUUAAGCAAAUAACCAAGUUGAAAAGCAAAAUAUAA